UAAAAAAGUGUACAUAACCCUUUGACAAUGAGAUAUUCCAUUUCUGAAAUCAAAUAUAUAUAUCUUUUUUAUCGAGAAAAAGAUUACAGAAUAUAUUAUACAGAAAUACGUUUAAAUAAAUAUUAACACUGAGUGAUUUAAUGUUUUAAGCAAUAUGGGAUUAUUAUUUUCAAAAUUGUGGAGUCUCUUUGGCAAUGAAGAACAUAAAAUAGUUAUGGUAGGAUUAGAUAAUGCUGGUAAAACAACUAUAUUAUACCAGUUCCUAAUGAAUGAAGUUGUUCAUACAUCACCAACUAUUGGAUCCAAUGUUGAAGAAGUUGUUUGGAAAAAUAUUCAUUUCAUAAUGUGGGAUUUGGGUGGACAGCAAAGUUUAAGAGCUGCAUGGUCUACCUAUUAUACUAAUACAGAGUUUAUUAUUAUGGUUAUAGAUAGUACAGAUAGAGAAAGACUUUGCGUAAUAAGAGAAGAGUUAUACUCAAUGCUAAAUCAUGAAGAAUUAAGUAAAGCUAAUGUUUUAGUUUAUGCUAAUAAACAAGAUUUAAAAGGUAGCAUGACAGCUGCUGAAAUCUCUAGACAACUAGAUUUAACUUCCAUUAAGAAACAUCAAUGGCACAUACAAAGUUGUUGUGCACUUACAGGAGAAGGGCUUUAUCAAGGUCUUGAAUGGAUUGUUGGUCGUUUAAAAAAGACAUGACGUACAUUAUGAGGAAUGAUUUUGAAUGUAACAAAAUAUUUAAACUGUAAAGUAUAUCUUUAUUGUAAGUUACUGUGUCACUCUACCAAUUGUACAAAUGAUAUAAGAAUGAAUGAUUAUAUUU